AGCAGCCUCGGCCUUUUGCUCUCCUCCGGUCGAUGAAGAUUCCUUCAAGCAGCGGCUGAUAUCAGCUGCCGACGAUCAUCUACUAUCGAGUUUUCAUAAACAUAUUCAUCGGUUAUAAACGAGAGACGGAACGAAAGAGAAUCCUGCUGGAGAUGGAGACCGAGAGAACAGAAGCAGAUGCAGAUGGCUCUAGUGGAGCAGAACCAGCUGGUGUCUUGGAUUCACCUGUCCAUCGCGACCCACAAAGGUCACCGGGUUCUGAAUCAGACACAGAUGACAGCGAAGACUGGGGAGAAACCUGUAACACUCAGACGGAUUCCAACUCUGUAGAGGAUCCAAAUGUUCAUGUCAAAGAGGAGACAGAUGAUGCUGAUGGCAAACCACUGACCUGUUCUGGAUGCGGGAAGAAAUGCGUCUCAGAGGAGGAACUGUCUCAACACAUGAAAUUCCCCUGCUGUGGACCUUUGACUUGUUUGCUUUGUGGGAACCGUUUUGAGAAGAGACAGAAACUGAGGGACCACAUGAAAAUACACAUUAAUAAAAAAACUUUCAUCUGCUCCCACUGUGGAAAAUGUUUUUCACAGAAAUAUCACCUGAUGAAUCAUGAGAGAAUUCACACUGGAGAAAAGCCUUUCAUCUGCUCCCAAUGCGGACAAUGUUUUUCAAGGAAAAAUAACCUGAAAAGUCACGUACGAAUUCACACUGGCGAAAAACCUUUCAACUGCUCUCAGUGUGGAAAAUGUUUUUCAAGGAAUGUUUUCCUCACGAAUCAUAUGAGAAGUCACUCAGGAGAAAAACCCUUCUUUUGCUCCCAGUGUGGAAAAUGUUUUUCAGUGAGAAAUUCCUUGAACCGGCACAUGAGAGUUCACACAGGGCACGGUCAAAUGUACUCUGGAGAAAAGCCUUUUAUCUGCUCCCAGUGUGGGCAACGCUUUUCAAGAAAAAGUAACCUAAAAAGGCACAGUAGGAUUCACUCUGGAGAAAAACCGUAUAUCUGCUCCCAGUGUGGAAAAUGUUUUGCAGUGACAUAUACCUUGAAUCAACACAUGAGAGUUCACAAUGGGCAGGGUCAAAUUCACUCUGGAGAAAAGCCGUAUAUGUGCUCCCAAUGUGGGCAAUGUUUUUCAACAAAAAGUAACUUAAAUAGGCACAGUAGGAGUCACUCUGGAGAAAAGCCGUAUAUCUGCUCCCAGUGUGGGCAACCUUUUUUCAGAAGAAGUCACCUGAAAAGUCACAGUAGAAUUCACUCUGGAGAAAAACCAUAUAUCUGCUCCCAGUGUGGGAAAUGUUUUUCAGAGAAACAUGAUUUGAAUAGGCACAUGAGAGUUCACACUGGUGAGAAACCCUUCUCCUGCUCCCAGUGUGGGCAAUGCUUUUCAGUGAAAAGUCACCUGAAAAGGCACAGUAGAAUUCACACUGGAGAAAAGCCUUAUAUCUGCUCCCAAUGUGGACAAUCUUUUUCAGACAAAGAUUGCUUGGAUACACACAUGAGCGUUCACACUGGAGAAAAACCGUUCUCCUGCUCCCAGUGUGGGCAAUGUUUUCCAGGAAAAAAUCACCUGAAAAGGCACAGCAGAAUUCACUCUGGAGAAAAGCCUUAUAUUUGCUCCCAAUGUGGAAAAUGUUUUUCGAGAAAAAGUCACCUGAAUAGGCACAUUCGUGUUCACACUGGAGAAAAACCUUUCAUUUGCUCUCGGUGUGGAAAGUGCUUCACGUGCGAAAGAAACCUGAAUUCCCACAUGAAAUCUCACUCUGGAACACAUGCCUCCUGUCACUCAAACAAGAUUUCAAUUUGAUCCGGCAUCUGACGGAUCAUGAGGGUGUUGAAUUUGGCACACUUGUAGUGACAAACAGGAUUCUUUGGAGGAAGCAUCCAACUGCAUCGUGGUGAAUGUUAUCGCUGCUGAUUGACCAUGGAUCCUGUUUCCAACAAGAGUUUAAAUUUUUGUACUUCCUGUAAUUGUAUGAGCUAAUGAUUUCUGUGUUUAGACAGAGAAACUUUAUCCUAGAACCAACUCCAGAGACUCAGCAAACACUUUGAGUUUGUUUUUACUCGGGAUGAGUGAGUAUCGAUAGCAGGUAUCUGUGGCAGGUUGAUAAUGACCUUGAUUUUUUUGUGUGGAGUGCUCGUCAGAGCUGUCAAUGCUCAAGGGAAAAAUAAAUCUUGUGUCGACUAAGUGGCCUUUCACAUCACAGAUUCUGUCUCACAAAGUCUUUUUGGCUCAUAAGUCCAACAUGGACAUAAUAAACAGGACUUCAGUCCGAACAUCAGUGUGCCCUGCACACAUGGAGCACUGACAAUUUCGUCCCCACCCGCGAGAGAAUGGGAUUUACGAAGAAGUCCAUGGCUUGUUCAUGUGUUGUGGGUGCUUCAUAAUUGACAUGUUUUAGCUUUUAUUUGACUGAUGAACAUCUGGUUUAAUUGAUCAGUGCUAUUUAAAUAAGUCUAUUUCUGUUCCACCUGAAUCAAAGAGUUGAUUUGAAUUAUGAACUCAGAGAGUUGCUUAUG